GCGGAUUAGUGGGUCACAUGACCGCUUCAAUUUCUCUCACUGCUGAAGCAGAUCCUCGCAUACACACUCCCACGUCCAAACACACACCCGAAAAUCCCCCUCUUACGAGGAGUGUCGCUGGGUGAGAGUCGCUUUUUGCGUUUUAUGAGUGGGACUGCGGACUGUUUGUGGAGUUUGGGGGCUGUUUUUGUUGCGUUUAAUCCUUUGAGGUAAUCUGGGACUCUUGAGGCGGGAAUGAGAGAGAUGCGCUCCAGCGUUUACUGGACUUUCACUCUGUGAGGAGCAAACAGGUGAAGACCGCAGGAAAAUACAGUAGAGAUGAGUGGCGAGUCGAGACAGGGGGUGGUGACGACCCCUCCGCCCCCAAGCGUGGGGAAAAGGGAGGGCUACUUCGACCGCAUCAAUGAAAACGACCGUGAAUACCUGCGUGCACGCAACAUGUCACCCGACCUGCGACAAGACUUCAACAUGAUGGAGCAGAAGAAAAGGGUCACACAGAUACUACAGAGUCCAGCUUUUAAGGAUGAGCUAGAGGGACUGAUCCAGGAACAGAUGAACAAGGGGAACAACCCCACAGGACUGCUCGCUCUGCGGCAGAUCGCAGACUUCUUCAUGGCCAGCUCCGUAGCCGGCUUCUCCACCUCCCCCCUCAGUUUGGCCAUGGUGACCCCAAUAAACGACAUGUUCAGCAUGGAGUCCAGUACUAUGGUGAAGGGAGAGAAACAGAUCCGCUGCAAACUGGCCAGCCUUUACAGACUAGUGGACCUGUUCAGUUGGGCCCACUUCACAAGCUGUUACGUUACAGUUCGUGUCAGUAAGGAGCAGGAUCAUAUCCUCAUCAUCCCCAGAGGACUGUCCUUUGCUGAGGCCUCUGCGUCCAAUCUGGUGAAGGUAAAUAUUCUCGGCGACGUGAUCGAUCAGGGCUCCACCAACCUGCAGAUCGACUCGGUCGGCUUCAGCCCUCACGCUGCCAUCUACUCCGUGAGACCCGACGUGCGCUGCGUCAUUCACAUACGCACACCAGCCACUGCUGCUGUGUCGUCUAUGAAGUGCGGCCUUCUGCCCAUCUCUCAGGAGGCUCUGAUCCUGGGUGACAUUGCAUAUUACAACUACCAAGGCAGUCUGGAUGAGCAAGAGGAGCGCAUAGAGCUCCAGAAAGCCCUCGGACCAUCAACGAAGGUGUUGGUUUUAAGGAAUCAUGGGGUUGUAGCUCUCGGGGAGACCAUUGAAGAGGCCUUUCACUACAUUUACAACGCUCAGUUUGCCUGUGAAAUACAAGUGAAUGCGUUCUCAUGCGCUGGAGGAGUGGAGAACCUGAUCGUGUUGGAUCUGGAGAAGUAUAAACCUCGGACACAGGGGGUGGCAGAAGCCGGGGUCAACAUGGGCUCUCAGCACAAGUGGAGGCUGGGAGAGCUGGAGUUCGAGUCGCUCAUGAGAAUGCUGGACAACCUGGGUUACAGGACAGGCUACACGUACCGGCACCCCAUUGUGCGGGAGAAGCCGCGACACAAGAGCGAAGUGGAGAUUCCUGCAACAGUGACAGCAUUCCUGUUUGACGAUGAUGAUGCUCCACGUUUCCCACUGAAGUUACUGCAGCAGCGACAGCAGAGAGAGAAAACACGCUGGCUCAAUUCACCCAACUGUUACAUGAAGGUGAACGUGUCGGAUGGGGCGAACGAGGAGAACGGACGCACCAAGACCACGUGGAUGAAGUCAGACGACAGUGGAAACAACAGCGGGACUCCGAUCCGCAUUGAAGAUCCAAAUCAGUUUGUUCCUCUGAACACGAACCCCAAUGAAGUUCUGGAGAAGAGAAAUAAGAUUCGUGAGCAGAACCGGUUUGACAUGAUGACAGCAGGGCCACAGUCACAGCGGCUGGCAGGGAUUGUGGUGGAAAGACCGCCGCCGUACAUGGGGGAUGACGAGGAACAGACGGGACCGCUUCCUCCAAACCCCUUCAGCGAGCUGAAUGAGAAAGAGCUGGAGGGCUACCAGAAACGAGUAGAACUUCAGCAGCUCGGAUUAGAUGAGAACCACACCGGCGUGAUGCUGAACGGUAAAGAUGACCACGGUGACGAGGACGAGCUCAUCAAGCGCGUGAGCCAGCUGACCACCAGCGUGGAAAGCGUCGAGAUCACGGUGCGCUCGGGAGAGAAGAUCGAAGAGGCUCUGACGCCCGAGAGCUCGCCCUCCAAAUCACCCAACAAGAAGAAGAAGAAGUUCAGAACCCCGUCCUUUCUGAAGAAGAACAAAAAGAAAGAGAAAGUGGAAGCCUAGAGGAAGGAGUGAAUCCAUGCCCGCUUUGUCUGUCUUUGUUCGUUGUUUUAUGUUUUUAAGUUUGAAAAAGCAUGGCACGUUAUUUUGGGAGUCUGUGAAUAGAUGGAGCGACAUCCGUUUUUAAGAGACGUGCCAUGAUUAUAAGAUGAAAUUUAUACAGGAAGAGAAGCGAUGGGAAACUCACCUGUUUCUCACCUGAUGGACUGAAAAUGUUCCUGUACAGUUUCCUAAUGAUUUUAUCUCAUGAGCCCAUACUGCAUUAUUUUUCCAUGCUGUAUGUUUAUUAGAUUCUCAUACAGACCUUUUAUGAGCCCCUUUUCUAUCCGCCACGUCAUCUCUUACGGUGUCCGUUCUGCUCGCGUUGUUUCUCCAGCUGUAAGUGGACGGUAGGUGUAAUUGGUCACACUACACAGGAGACUCUAAAGAAUCACACUGGAAACCGUUCGGGGGUUAUUUUAACAGGGUUUGUUUGAUUUUGUUUCUCUUAUGUUGCCUGCAAUGGUCUGAAAUUGGGUCUGAUCCUGUGUGGAGUCACUCCAGUCUCCUCUCCGUACUGUUCUUUGCCAAACAAAAAGAUUUAAUGGCAAAAAAGCAGAGCAAUCACGUUUUAGUGAACAUCAACUCUUCAUCUCUUAUGAAAUAUUUUAGCUUUUUUUUUUUUAUUGAAACAAUUUAGUUUUUAUCCAUACAGUUUUGUACUCGUUUCUAUACUUUAACAACGAAAAUACAAAAUCUUGAAGUAUG